UAUUGCUGAAUAUACCAGAGCACUGGACUGGGACCAGGUGCAGAUGAAAUUGUUCGCGUGCAACGAAAGAGCUCGUGCUAUAGUACUGGCGCGCCAGUGUCUCUUCAUUGAGGCGCUCGCGUCUCAUUGACAUCAUUCGCAUCAUCCCGCUGAUGCGCGUCGCGGGAUGGAUGGAGAACACAGACUCAUCGCGAUUCCGCAGAAUAAAACAGACCAACGAGACACUUCGAAUCGUUUCAUUUGCACAGAGCGACCAGACGUUAGUACUUUAAUUCUUAUACUUUAUAUUACCACGAUGUUCGGUCCUUGAACAGCAUUUGGUUAUGCAAUUUAUUAUGUUUGGUGUCUUACACUUUCUUUACAACUUUGUGAGAGAGCAAGUUUGAUGUGAAGACUUGGAUGUCACACUUUCGCGCAUCUUUUUACCAUAUCAACAUGUGGCAUGGGGCUUUUGGGCUGGAUCCCACGCGAACGUCCUGGAAGAAAACCUGGAGAGGAGAUCAUGAUUCACACUAAUUGCAUGAAAAAUUUCCAUGUGUUAAAAUGAAUGAUAAACCUAACAAAUGGAUUUUCAUCCCAAUUUUAGCCAUUCUUUUUGUCAUGAUUGGGUACCAGUAUAUUUGUCCGGCAGGCGGUCAGGCUUGCCAUUUCAGGACAGGAGACAAACUCGUGAGGAUCGGUGCCCUUCCCACUCCAGACCCGACCACCGAUGACCUAUACCGGGAGCAGGACCCAGAGGAAGACAGCCCGCCUAAAUGUGCUAACUUUACAGAGCGCGAUCUGACACGCGAUGUCGAUUUCAACAUCAGGGGAGAUGAUGUGAUUGUGUUUCUGCACAUUCAGAAGACAGGAGGAACCACCUUUGGCAGGCACCUGGUCAGGAAUAUUCGCUUGGAGCAACCGUGCGACUGUAAAGCGGGACAGAAGAAAUGCACAUGCCACCGGCCCGGUAAGCAGGAGUCCUGGCUCUUCUCGAGGUUCUCCACGGGCUGGAGUUGCGGUUUACACGCGGAUUGGACUGAACUGACCAACUGCGUGCCCGUGAUUAUGGACAAAAGGCAGUCUCCAAAGCGCAAGAGGAACUUCUACUAUAUCACCAUGCUGCGAGACCCUGUGUCACGUUACCUGAGCGAAUGGAAGCACGUUCAGCGUGGUGCCACCUGGAAGACUUCCCUUCACAUGUGUGACGGUCGCUCUCCCACACAGGACGAGCUGCCCACCUGCUAUAACGGAGAUGACUGGUCGGGGGUCACUCUAAACGAGUUCAUGGACUGCCCUUCAAACCUGGCCAACAACCGGCAGGUGCGCAUGCUGGCCGAUCUCAGCUUGGUGGGCUGCUACAACCUCUCCACCAUGAACGAGAGUGAACGGAACCCCAUUCUCUUGGCCAGCGCCAAGAAUAACUUGAAGAACAUGGCCUUCUACGGUCUGACGGAGUUCCAGCGCAAGACGCAGUACCUGUUUGAGCGCACUUUCCGUCUGCGGUUCAUUUCAGCCUUUACACAAAUCAACAGCACGCGUGCCGCCAAUGUGGAGCUGCGUGAUGACAUGCGCAGCCGCAUAGAGCAACUGAAUUUCCUGGAUAUGCAGUUGUACGAGUUUGCCAAGGACCUCUUCCUGCAGAGAUACCAGUUCAUCCGCCAGCGUGAGCGGCAGGAGGAGAGAUUGAAGAGGCGGGAAGAGAGACGUUGGCUCAGGGAGCGCCGAGUCAACCAGAGCAAACAGCCCAGUGUGGAAAACCAACCUCAGGUCACCACAACUGAGGACUAUGUCAGCCAAGUGGUCCGUUGGUGAUACCGUUUGGAAACAUGCACUAGAACACAGAGAACAUAACGGGCCACCUGAGGAAGAAUAGAUCACUUUUUGGACUUUUUCAGUUUAGCACUCUGAGUUUGUUUUUUUUUUUGUCAUGAAGUCUGUUGCACUGGGAAAAAAAAAAAAUUGCCUUGAGCAGUAUUUUUGUCUUGUUUUCCAGUAAAUAUUAUCUAAAGAAAAUGACAUGAGAAGCAAAAAUGCAUAAGAUAUUUAGAAUUCUUUUUAAAGAAUAUAUUUAGAAUGACUCUACUUUUCUAGUUUUAAGAACAGAAUUUAGUGAUAAUUUAUUCUCAAUUUAACAAAGCAAAAAUUGGUUGAGAAAACUUUAAUUUAAAGAUACAUACCUGUAAUUGUUGUCUAUUUUAAUAUAUUUUAAAAUGUAAUUUAUUCCUGUGAUGGCAAAGCUGAAUUAAAAAAAAAAAAUUUUAAAAAAUUGCCAUUCAAAAUUUUUUUUAUGUUUUUGAAACAUUUUUUAUGCUCACCAUGGCUGCAUUAAAAAAAAUAACUGUAAUUUAAAAAAAAAAAAAAAAGGUAAUUUAUUCCUGUGAUGGCAAAGCUGAAUUUUCAGCAGCCGUUGCUCCAAUCUUCAGUGUCACAUGACCCUUCAAAGAUUUGGUGCUCAAUAAACUUUUCUUAUUAUUAUCAAUAUUUAAAGGUGCACUAUGUAAUGUCUAGCAGUUCUAGCGGUUAAAAAACAAAACUGCAUGCAUUUUCUUUUUCAUAACUAAAAAAGAGAGAGAUUAUCCUACUGCUCAUAAAACAUUCACUACUAUGCUUAAAAGAUAUAACCAAUUAAGAUGGAAAGACUAGCUGAAGACGUUACUGUAGCUAUACCCAUUAAUAGACACAGUAAAAAUAAAUUGAAAAUAAAUUCCAGCACAGAGCUUCAACAACCAUAAUGAAAUUACCCUUCACAAGAGAUAAUUCUUUACAGUGAACUCUGCUAGAGAGCAACAUAUGGCAGUUUAUCUGUUCAAUAAAAUACCUUACUCACCUGCUGAGUACUAAAAACACCAUCUCUGCGUCGCUUUUACAACAUUUCAAAUCCCUCAGUUUUUGCCAUCUCCGAAAAGCCAAGCCAAUGCUGAUUCUCAUUUUAUUACAAGCUCUGUUGUGUUCUCUUUUUGCCAGCAGACUUUCCUCUAUUCUGCAUUUUUUAAAACGGGUGAUUCGCGUCUCGAACGCCCCCAGGUGGUUCAUCCCAGUAUAGCUCAUAAACCCUGCCCUCUCCAUGUAAUUUAAUAGGACGUGAGAAAAACUAAACAAUUAAAUUAAACUUCAAAUAAUUUUUUUCCAAACAUUUUUCUUUUUUUAAAUGAGUUUGGUUUUAGUUAUUUAAUGCUUAAAAAAUGGGGGUGUGACAUCAUGAUUGACAGCUGUGAUUGACAGCUUCUCUGAGCAAAGUAGUCAUUGAGGCACCAACAGACUUUAUUGGGGGAAUUUUCGGGAGCUUUAACUUUAAUAUCUACAUUUCCAUAACUGUUUAUUUCACACCGACAUAAUGAGUUGUUCUGCAGUAAACUGUACUAAAUGAUUCUGCGAGAGUGUGGGCGGGGCCUUGAUAGCGCGCGGCUGCACUUCAUGCUCACUACCGCACAUAAUCGGGUCCAGAGUUCACUACUGCGCAGACUCAGGUCCCGAAUCAGCACAAGAUGUCAGCGCCAUGUUGGGACAUUGGCAGCUUUACUUUUCUUCAUUGGAAGAGAGUGGAGGUGCGCCGUUCAUAUUUUUUUAAAGUCUAUGUACGCAAUUUAGCGCGAAAACUAUCCCGUCAAGUCUAAAAUAUAAACACUUAUAAUAGGCUUAUAACACUUAUAGUGAAUCAGGGUGACAAAAACACGUUUUGGAAAGAAGUAGCCUAGUGAUGUUGUAAUUUUGUAACAUUAUAAAUGUGUUUACUCUCACUUUUGAUCAAUUUAUUACGUACUAAAAAACAAAAAUUUAAUUGAAAAUCUUACUUUCCCCAAACUUUUUAAAGGUAGUGUAUAUUCUCUGAAAAUCUUAAUAUAUUAUUCAAUUUAGUUUUGUUUGAUGAGAUUCAACUUAAUGUCAUUGUGCAGAGUACAAGUCCAGAGCCAAUUAAAUGCAGCAGCUUAUUACAUGUACUCAUUAAGCAGACACAUUUUGCAUUUUUAUCUUGUUUCAAGAGUAAAACAUGACAAAAAUACUGACUGAGAAAAUGGAUUUUUUUGUUGUUGUUUUUACAGUGUUUUCUUAAGAUUUCUGCUGAUUCGAGGCUGCAAUGUAAAUAGACUGCAAUCCAAAAGUUGAAAAAGCAACAUAUUUGUGAAGGAACAAACCCUACACCACAGAGUUAUAUAAAGGUACAACACUGGCAAUGUGAGGGUUGUACACUCAAGCUGUGUUCUUGCAUUCAAAAACAGCUAGAGAGAGUGAAUGAAAAAAAAAAAAAAAUGCUGACAAGUUUUUAAUGCCCAGGCCUGUUGCCAGUAGAGAUUUUCAGAAGACACCCUCUCUGAGCUCUCUCACUUUUUUGUUUUUAAAAAAAGCAAACUUACAGCAUGGAGACCGUCUGUACUGAGAAUCUGUAGUCUCUGGUAGUUUCUCAAUGAUACGUUGUACAAUUCAGGGUUAGCAGACGCCACCACAACAAGAGCCUCAUCUGCGACAUAGUAAUAGCAGAGAAAUGUAUUGAAAACGCUGUAUUGUAUUGUAAACGCUGUAAGACAUUUAAAAUAUUUUUUCUUCAUUGUUUUCUUUUUUGUCGAAUAUGAUUUUUUGGAGAAUGAGUUGCACAACUAAAUUUUUAUACCAAAAAAAAAAAAAAAAAAUUGUUCUUCAUGUUUCACAAAUGCAAAUAAAAAUUUAAACAAAACAAAAAAUAAACAGACAUCCAUCCUGUUCGCUAAGCCAUAACUGUAAAAAGGGGACUUCAGGUUAAUGGAUUGUUUCAAAACUCUUUUUGACAUUGAGAUCGUGUGUUAAAAGUGUGAAUUAACUCAUGGAAUGAGAGGGUUUGGUUUGCAAAUGAUGAACAGAUGGAAUGUGAAAGCACAUCACGUUUGUACGCCCCCUAAAGGUGGAAGAAAAUUCACAUCACAAAAAAAGUCAUAAGAUUGCUCCCAAUUAUGAUGGUAAUAAUACUUCAGCUCACGUUUGACUCGGAAUGGAACAGUAUAAAGACUUUGGGAAUGUCUGUACACAAGAUGAAUCCAGUAUGGAGCUACAUUAUGCAGCAAAAGGGGUUUUAGGAAGACUAUGAAUGGGUCAGUAUUUGUGUAUCCAGUGCUGUUUCACACGUUUCUGUAGUCCUCAUUAAAACUUUUACUGUCUGGAGAAUAUUUCUGAAGCCAGAACUUCCAAGUCACAUGGAAUGAAACGCUUGUGGUCUUUAAAUCCUUCAACCACCGGCGGUAAAAGGAAAAGAAAAAAGAGAAGCCCUUUUCUGGUCUGCGCUUUGUAGCACCUUUUAAAAACUACAUUCAUAGAUGUAGCGUGCAAAUGAAUAAAAGAUGUGAACACAUGCACAUUUUUGAUUUUUCUAUACAUAAAGGCAAAUAAACUGUCUGUAUUGCUCAUUGUGGUUAUGGAGAACAUGGGAAUGCUACAUUUACAGAUCAAAGUUUUGGAAUGCAGUACCAGAAAUAUAUGAUUUUAGACCAAAAAGACUAUAGAAGUUUAAUGUUUUGUUUUCUUUGUAUAUGUUGUUCCAUAUGUUUUAACUUGAAUCUGUGCUGCUAUUUGUGUUUUUUUAUUAUUAUUACUUUAGCCUUUAUUGUGUGGCCAAAAGAGGUUUUUGUACAAGUGCAAGUUUGUGUGUAUCUGUGUGUGUUAGUGCGUGUGUGUGUUCUGAAAUAUCAGUGUUGCAAUGUAUUUUAAUUGCUUUGUUCACUUAAGUGCAAUAUGAUAUUAAAAAUUAACUCCUUAUGGGAAAUGAAGAUCUUAAUAAAUACAUGUUUUGGUUUGUUUGAUAAAUAUUAAUUUAGCCUUAAUAUUAUUCAUUUUAUUAAUAUUCAUAUAAAGUACUAUAUAAAAAUACCACAAACUCACACAGAGGAAAAUUGUUAGCUUUAUUAGAUGAAAACUUCUUAAAAAAAAAAAAAAAAAACUCAACUCACUGCUCAACUACAGUAUCUCACAGAAGUGAGUACACCCCUCACAUUUUUGUAAAUAUUUUAUUAUAUCUUUUCAUGUGACAACACUGAAGAAAUGACACUUUGCUACAAUGUAAAGUAAUGAGUGUACAGCUUGUAUAACCGUGUAAAUUUGCUGUCCCCUCAAAAUAACUUAACACACAGCCAUUAAUGUCUAAACCGCUGGCCACAAAAGUGGGUACACCCCUAAGUGAAAAUGUCCAAAUUGGGCCCAAUUAGCCAUUUUCUCUCCCCGGUGUCAUGUGACUCAUUAGUGUUACAAGGUCUCAGGUGUGAAUGGGGAGCAGGUGUGUUAAAUUUGGUGUUAUCGCUCUCACUCUCUCAUACUGGUCACUGGAAGUUCAACAUGGCACCUCAUGGCAAAGAACUCUCUGAGGAUCUGAAGAAAAGAAUUGUUGCUCUACAUAAAGAUGGCGUAGGCUAUAAGAAGAUUGCCAAGACCCUGAAACUGAGCUGCAGCACUGUGGCCAAGAAAGCCCGCAAACAGUUUGCUGAAGACAAGCAGACUAAGGACAUGGAUUACUGGAAUCAUGUCCUGUGGUCUGAUGAGACCAAGAUAAACUUACUUGGUUCAGAUGGUGUCAAGCGUGUGUCGCGGCAACCAGGUGAGGAGUACAAAGACAAGUGUGUCUUGCCUACAGUCAAGCAUGGUCUGGGGCUGCAUGAGUGCUGCUGGCACUGGGGAGCUACAAUUUAUUGAGGGAACCAUGAAUGCUAACAUGUACUGUGACAUAUUGAAGCAGAGCAUGAUCCCCUCCCUUCAGAGACUGGGCCGCAGGGCAGCAUUCCAACAUGAUAACGACCCCAAACACACCUCCAAGAUGACCACUGCCUUGCUAAAGCAUGUCUCCAGACCUAAACCCUAUUGAGCAUUUGUGGGGAAUCCUCAAACGGAAGGUGGAGCAAAGUGUCAUUUCUUCAGUGUUGUCACAUGAAAAGAUAUAAAAAAAUAUAUAUUUACAAAAAUGUGAGGGGUGUACUCACUUCUGUGAGAUACUGUAUAUAUUUCUCUAAAAUGCAUAAUUAUAUUGACCCAGGGCUGAAAGACUAAGACUAAGCUUGUUCAUUUCACAUGAAGUUUUAGUUCUGUUCAAAGGUCUGGCAUUAUUUGUUUGCAGGUGCCAUUUGGUUUUAUAUUUUGUAUCUUGUAUAUGUAUUUUACAGAAAGUGUGGCGUUUAAAUACAUGUUGGGUCCACUGUGGGAAAAAUCUCAAAGGUGCCAUAGUCUCUCUCUUUGUGAUUCAACCACUAGAGGGCAGAGAAGCUCCACCAAUGUUAUAAUGUUACCCAUUGUUUAUAUAUACAGUGUCAAGAAUACCGU